GUGGACAUAGCAUCUCUUCUGAUAAAGCACAAUACUGAUGUCAAUGCUACUGAUCGCUGGUUGUUUACCCCUCUACAUGAAGCUUCCCAAAAAAGGAGAACACAGCUUUGUGCUCUUUUGGUAAGUGACAUACUUUAUAAAGUUGCAUUUUCAUGGGUUUCUAUCGGUAUUGAUUACAAUAAAUAAAGGCUACACAUAAAAGGUGCCUUACCCUGCGAGCAGAGUUUCUCUCUUGCAUGGCUUCAGUGUUAACGAAGUCUUUCGCUUCGCUUGUCACUUGCGUAGUUAGUUUCUUUUAUACGCCCCAGGGCGUAAAAAUAAAAAAACUACGCGACAUAAAAGCCCACGCGAACGACAUCGUAAACCCUAAAAGCCAUGCAAGAGAGAAACGUCUGCUCGCAAGGUAAAGAUGCCUUUAAAAUACCAGAAAAAUGUUUUCCAUACAAAAUUCAGUGUUUUCAGCGGGUUGAAUUUUUGUGUUAAAAAUGAUAAUUAGAAAUGAUUGUUCAUACCAUAACAUUGAAUUUUGUUGUCUACAGUAGGUAGGGGUCAUAAUCAUUUCCUUCGUAUUUGAGCCUGAUAUUUUUGGUAUGCCUACAGUACGCAGUUAUUAUGGGGCUGACAGAAUAUUUUGGUUGCUUUAACAAUUUGCAGCUGGCCCAUGGCGCAGACCCCACAAUGAAGAAUCAGGAAGGCCAGACAGCUUUAGAUCUUGCAACGGUAAAAUCUUAAACCUUGCUAAUGGAAAGCCAUAGGCCGUUAUGCGUACAUAUUAUGCUCUUCAAUGAGACAGAUCGUGAAANGAUCGCUGGUUGUUUACCCCUCUACAUGAAGCUUCCCAAAAAAGGAGAACACAGCUUUGUGCUCUUUUGGUAAGUGACAUACUUUAUAAAGUUGCAUUUUCAUGGGUUUCUAUCGGUAUUGAUUACAAUAAAUAAAGGCUACACAUAAAAGGUGCCUUACCCUGCGAGCAGAGUUUCUCUCUUGCAUGGCUUCAGUGUUAACGAAGUCUUUCGCUUCGCUUGUCACUUGCGUAGUUAGUUUCUUUUAUACGCCCCAGGGCGUAAAAAUAAAAAAACUACGCGACAUAAAAGCCCACGCGAACGACAUCGUAAACCCUAAAAGCCAUGCAAGAGAGAAACGUCUGCUCGCAAGGUAAAGAUGCCUUUAAAAUACCAGAAAAAUGUUUUCCAUACAAAAUUCAGUGUUUUCAGCGGGUUGAAUUUUUGUGUUAAAAAUGAUAAUUAGAAAUGAUUGUUCAUACCAUAACAUUGAAUUUUGUUGUCUACAGUAGGUAGGGGUCAUAAUCAUUUCCUUCGUAUUUGAGCCUGAUAUUUUUGGUAUGCCUACAGUACGCAGUUAUUAUGGGGCUGACAGAAUAUUUUGGUUGCUUUAACAAUUUGCAGCUGGCCCAUGGCGCAGACCCCACAAUGAAGAAUCAGGAAGGCCAGACAGCUUUAGAUCUUGCAACGGUAAAAUCUUAAACCUUGCUAAUGGAAAGCCAUAGGCCGUUAUGCGUACAUAUUAUGCUCUUCAAUGAGACAGAUCGUGAAAGAAGCAGUUUUGUAGAGUAACAUCAUAUGGCCUAUGUUAAGAAAAGAAAACAUACACUCGAAAGACCAAAGAGGACUAUAUGAUAGAGAUCAAUGUAUAAAAGAAAUUGUUUGAUCUAGUGAAUUUUGCGGUGAAUUCAGUGGACUCUGUCAUUAGAGACCUUUAGAUUCUAAGACGAGGACGAUUUUCUUAAUACUAAGUAGUGUGCGCGCGUGAGGCAACGUCAAUUCGGCGGGUAAAGGUGUUAGCCAUCGUCAUUCUACUACGACUUUUAGCGACAAUGUCGUAGUGGCGGAAGCAAGUUGUCAAAUGAUCUCAAAUGUUAGACGUUUUAUCAUUUUGCGAUCGGGGGGGCGGGUGUAACCUGCUCCAAUAAGAAAAGCAGUACAAAUAUUUCUGGUGAAGAAAGUACAGUGAAGCAUUCAAUUCCAGGAUAUCUAUUUUUUGACAAUACACAAAAAAACUUAAAAUCAAACAUCUCUGAUUCCAGCACUGACAUCAGGUAUACUGUUGUGUAAACAUGUACAUGUGACUUUGAUUGACAGGCUGAAGAUGUGAAAUGCCUACUGAGUGUUGCCAUGAUGGCAUACGUUGCUCCCGCGACUCCCAAUGUGACGUCACCACAUGCUACUCCAAACAGUAGUAAUAGUUCACCACUCUCUCCAGCUAAUGCCAGCCUGCUGGCCAACAGCCCUGCAGGCUCAGGCGAUGGAGCUGUCAAUAAGAGGUCUAUAUCAGAGGCGCAAGGUGCUGGCGACACGAGAAUUAUCCUUCCAGGUAUUUACUGGGAUUGAGUCACGGUGCUCAGCCUUACGAAAUAGGUGGACUAAGAGUCCUCAGUUUGCACCUUCAUACUUUUAAACAUGCCCGGCAGAAUUAAUUCUUUGUAACUGCAAUCCUGGACAAAAGUACUUAUGACAGUGAGGCAAUAUUCGUAAUUAUCCAUGGUUGGGCAUGUGUAAUAAAAAAGACCCCCACAGAUGCAAAUUUGUCGCAAGGCUUUUGGUCGAUGAUUGAAGUUGAGGAUGAUUCCCUGUCUAACUAUUGCUAUGAAAUAUAUUUUUAGGUCACCCUGGCUUGGAUCUUGAUGUAGGAGAAUUCCUUGACAGCCUUCAGCUGAAUAACGUCAAUGAUAUAUUUGAAAAAGAACAGGUUAGUAUAGCAUUUGGGGGCUAGAAAAUACAGUCUUUAAAAGGCCUAAAUAUAUUAGACGAGGUUGUUCACUUUGCCGAGAUCUCGGCAUGUGAAAUAUGAACAGUAAGAAUUUGUUGGUGAUAAAGAAUAUCUCUCUGUAAUAUCAUGUCCUAACAGCUGNAACAGCCCUGCAGGCUCAGGCGAUGGAGCUGUCAAUAAGAGGUCUAUAUCAGAGGCGCAAGGUGCUGGCGACACGAGAAUUAUCCUUCCAGGUAUUUACUGGGAUUGAGUCACGGUGCUCAGCCUUACGAAAUAGGUGGACUAAGAGUCCUCAGUUUGCACCUUCAUACUUUUAAACAUGCCCGGCAGAAUUAAUUCUUUGUAACUGCAAUCCUGGACAAAAGUACUUAUGACAGUGAGGCAAUAUUCGUAAUUAUCCAUGGUUGGGCAUGUGUAAUAAAAAAGACCCCCACAGAUGCAAAUUUGUCGCAAGGCUUUUGGUCGAUGAUUGAAGUUGAGGAUGAUUCCCUGUCUAACUAUUGCUAUGAAAUAUAUUUUUAGGUCACCCUGGCUUGGAUCUUGAUGUAGGAGAAUUCCUUGACAGCCUUCAGCUGAAUAACGUCAAUGAUAUAUUUGAAAAAGAACAGGUUAGUAUAGCAUUUGGGGGCUAG